AACUAAAAUAAUUGACAAUAACGAAUAAAAAAGAAAAACAUAUGCCCCAAGAAAUUGGGAAAACAAAAGACAUAUCACUCACAAUGGGCAGCACUGGCAGAGCGAAAAUUUAUAGAGACACCAUUCAAAGCAGGAUCGAACCUAAACAUCAUGUGAAGACGAUCACUCCUAUUGAUUGGAACCUGCAAAUGUACACAAGACCAUCAGUCAUCUGCAAGUUAAGCACCAGCUGUAACGGUGUUGGUUCAAACAUGAUACCCCGGCCGUCAUCCAGUAGUACACCUUUACAUCAAGAAUUUAAUCAUGGUCGGUCUUCAAAAGCUUUUCCUCUGAAUAGUCAAGAAGAGAAUUUUUCUUUAAUUCCCGCGUCGAAGAAAAAGUAUGAAGAUACAAUUGGACAUCUUUCGUUACGUAGAAAGAGAAGCAUCAGCGAGGACUGUCUUGAUGAGUCACAUCAAGUACAAGAUGAGAGUACCGCACACAAGCAAGAAGACCGAGUUAGCAAAACAGUACAAUUACAUUGUCCUUGGCACUACAGAAAGAGAACCAUUAUCCAAGCCAAUCCUGGAGAGCCACAUCCAGAUGAUAGUACUGCAGCCAAGCAAGGAAAUAAAUAUGCUACAGCACAUCCUACAUGGUCGUAUGGAAAGAGAUACAAAAGGCAGGCUAUUCUUGCCAAGCCUCAUCAAAGAGAAGAAGAGACUACUCCAUUCGAGGACAUAGCAAGACACGAUAUACUGUGGCUGCAGGGAAAGAAAGACUGUCCUGGUGAAAUUGUAGACGACAAUACUACCUUCAAGGAAGAAGGCUACGACAGGAACAAUAGAGGACAUCUUUUAUGGAUGCAUGGAAGGAGAAGAAUCAAGCAAGACUGUCCUGGUGAACCAUGUAAAAUUGUAUACGGCGGUACUACAUCCAAGGAAGAAGAUGGAAAUUAUAAGACUCAAGAUUUUCCAUUGUGCAAGGAAGAUCUAGGUGUGACCCAUCAAAAAGAUGACUUGAGUCUUGUAUUCAAAGAAGAAAGUGAAGAUACAACAGGGUAUGCUCAGUGGUUCAACAGAAAGAAAACGAUCAACAAGGAGGCAAGUCUUGGUAAACCUUAUGCAAAUAAAGGAGAAGAUGAAAGCAAGUAUAAAGACGGGAAUAAGAAAGGGCAUCUUUCAUGGCUAUAUGGUAAUGGAACCAUCAAGCAAAUUCGUAUAGUUGAGUCACACCAUAGAGAAGUCGAGAGGUCUGCACUCAAGGAGCAAGACAAAGAAGCAACAGUACACUUUCCAUGGUUGAAUGGUAAGAGAACCAUCAAGCAAGCCCGUCUAGGUGAGUCACACCAAAGUGCCAAGAGCAUCUCAUUCAGGGAAGAAAACGCCAACGAAAGAUGUCAUCAAGAACAACUUCCAAAUGACAAGUUUACGAAUCCCUCUGAGUACGAGGGAACAAACAACCUUCACGUCUCACGUCAAUCCCGUAAGGAAGACAAUAGGUCUCCUCCAAGGGCUUGUGAUUUCAUCCAACAACACGAUGUUGUUGGAUGGUCCAAUAUGGCCAGAGGCAUUACAAGAACAACUUGUCCAGUGUGCUACAAAAAGCUGAGCAGGUUUAACAAUUUAAAGAGCCACAUGCUAAUCCACACUGGUGAUAAACCAUACAAGUGUGCAUACUGCAGUAAAGCCUUCAAUCAGAUUGGAAACAGAAAUGCUCAUCAAAGAAUCCACACAGGCGAGAAACCCUACGCCUGCGAUUACUGUGGCAAGCGGUUUAGCUUCAGUUCUUCCAAGCACAACCACAUGAAGAUACACUGGAGUGCAAGAAACAGUAAAAUAACAGAAAACGCUUGAAAGGACAACUUUGAAUCAAACGAAGGAGAAUUAUUUAUUACGUUUUUUUUUGUGAUUCGACAAAAUAAUAUCCGAUUUAUAGAUUGUUUAGAGCAGAUCGAUGGUCUUAACUCAUUAUCUAAUAAUUUAUUAUUCCUAUGAUUCAUUAUUUUUAGUGUUGCAUCUUGAUUUUAAAACGGGAAUUCUGGAAUUAAUGUUAUUUCCUGCAUUUUAAGCCGGAAAAAUUUCAUUCUAUUCUUGGGGUGCAUGAAAGGUCAUAACCGCCAUUUUGGCUGACGUGGAUGAAAGAUUUGGUCUUGGUGUCUUUUGUCAUGACAACCAACAUGGCGGACACCAAUUGAGGGUGAAGUACAAAAAUGGGAGUGACCG